AUGGAUGAACUAGUCCCCAAGGAUAUGGGUGUACUAGUCCCCAAGGAUAUGGGUGUAUUAGUCCCCAAGGAUAAAGGUGUAUUAGUCCCCAAGGAUAUGGGUGUAUUAGUCCCCAAGGAUAUGGGUGUACUAGUCCCCAAGGAUAUGGAUGUACUAGUCCCCAAGGAUAUGGGUGUACUAGUCCCCAAGGAUAUGGGUGUAUUAGUCCCCAAGGAUAUAGGUGUACUAGUCCCCAAGGAUAUGGGUGUAUUAGUCCCCAAAGAUAUGGGUGUAUUAGUUCCCAAGGAUAUAGGUGUAUUAUUCUCCAAGGAUAUAGGUGUAUUAGUCCCCAAGGAUAUAGGUGUACUAGUCCCCAAGGAUAUAGGUGUAUUAGUCCCCAAGGAUAUAGGUGUACUAGUUCCCAAGGAUAUAAGUGUAUUAGUCCCCAAGGAUAUAGGUGUAUUAGUCCCCAAGGAUAUGGGUGUAUUAGUCCCCAAGGAUAUGGGUGUAUUAGUCCCAAAGGAUAUAGGUGUAUUAGUCUCCAAGGAUAUGGAUGUAUUAGUCCCCAAGGAUAUGGGUGUAUUAGUCUCCAAGGAUAUAUGUGUAUUAGUCUCCAAGGAUAUAGGUGUAUUAGUCCCCAAGGAUAUGGGUGUAUUGGUCCCCAAAGAUAUGGGUGUAUUAGUCCCCAAGGAUAUAGGUGUAUUAGUCCCCAAGGAUAUGGGUGUAUUAGUUCCCAGGGAUAUAGGUGUACUAGUCCCCAAGGAUAUAGGUGUACUAGUUCCCAGGGAUAUAGGUAUACUAGUCCCCAAGGAUAUAGGUGUACUAGUCCCCAAGGAUAUAUGUGUAUUAGUCCCCAAGGAUAUAGGUGUAUUAGUCCCCAAGGAUAUGGGUGUAUUAGUUCCCAGGGAUAUAGGUGUAUUAGUCCCCAAGGAUAUGGGUAUACUAGUCCCCAAGGAUAUAAGUGUAUUAGUCCCCAAGGAUAUAGGUGUAUUAGUCCCAAAGGAUAUGGGUGUAUUGGUCCCCAAUGAUAUAGGUGUAUUAGUCCACAAGGAUAUGGGUGUAUUGGUCCCCAAUGAUAUAGGUGUAUUAGUCCCCAAGGAUAUAGGUGGAUUAGUCCCCAAGGAUAUGGGUGUACUAGUUCCCAAGGAUAUAGGUGUAUUAGUCCCCAAGGAUAUAGGUGUACUAGUCCCCAAGGAUAUAGGUGUAUUAGUCUCCAAGGAUAUGGAUGUAUUAGUCCCCAAGGAUAUGGGUGUAUUAGUCUCCAAGGAUAUAGGUGUAUUAGUCUCCAAGGAUAUAGGUGUAUUAGUCCCCAAGGAUAUGGGUGUAUUGGUCCCCAAAGAUAUGGGUGUAUUAGUCCCCAAGGAUAUAGGUGUAUUAGUCCCCAAGGAUAUGGGUGUAUUAGUCCCCAAGGAUAUAGGUAAAUUAGUCCCCAAGGAUAUGGGUGUACUAGUGGAUUAUUCUCCAAGGAUAUAG